AUGUUCGGCGGCAUCCGCGACCGGCUCUUCCGUUUUCAAAAACACAACCGGAGCCAGCGCAACGAAUUUUUCGGGUCUCAUCCACUCGGACCAGGUGCGCGCUUGGAUCUCAUUUUUUGAAUUCUCUGAUUUGUCCCCAUUUUUCCCUUAUCUUUGAAAAGCGACAAAUAUUUGUCCGCUCCCCUAACACGUGUUCGUUCAAACACAGAAAAAGGGGGAAAACAUGUGGCACGGGGUCAAUUUUUUGAUGUUUCUUUGGCCUAAAAUUCCAUUUUUAAAAGUGUCUAACCAGAGAAAAUGUGUCGAUUUUCGGCUCAUGAUUUUUGCGCAUUUCCGUCUCUUUUCCACCUUCCACUCGUCCGGAUAAUCCAUUGCGGGCCGCCCGAAUAAGUCAUGCGUCUCUGCCUCUUCCCCGCCACUUUUUGAAUUACUGCAAAAGUCCACGCCUAAAAAUCCUUCGUAUUUUUUUCCAAGUCCAUUUUCCAUUCCUCUACAAAGUAUUUCCAAUGAUUUUUCGUCCCCAUCAUCAUCAAUCUGUCCGUCCUUUUUGCCCCCUGCAUCAUCGAAUCGGCGACGUCGCAACUUGUGUCUUCGACAGAACAUAAUCGCAAAAAAUGUGACAAUGGCAGUCUUCUCUCUUUUCGAUUUGAUAUCAAUCGAUUUUCAAAUCGAAUUUUCAUCUGGAUUCAACGUUGUAUAGUUUGAGUUUGAAGAGCCACGUUCCUUAUCAAUUUUGACCUUUUUGGCGAUAAAAAGUAAAAAGUUUGAAGGAAGGCACGUUUGAUUUUGUGCACUUUGUUCCUAUUUUUGAAUUGAUGGGGAACUCGAAGAUUUUCAUCAGAAUUCGCAUUUUUCUCACGUUUCGCACGUGAAUGCCGAGAUUUAAGAGCAUUGAGCCGCCGGUUUCCUUGACAACCUCAAGAAUUGGCUUAGAAAUCGGGGUUUGAGCGUUUUUAAGCUUCAAAUGAGGGGAUUUUGUGUAAAGUCGCUUGAUAUUCGAAUUUUACGAUUUCCCACACGUUCUAGGUGAUUUUAUGACGAAAAGUCCGAGUUUUCCAUUGAUUCCCAUCUCAUCAUUCAUCAAAAAGUGCAAUCGGGCUGUGUUUCUUGUUUUGAUCUUCAAUUCAAUUUUUGACCUCCCGAUUUGCCGGUCAAACACUUUUUUCGCUCAUUUUCUCCUCUCCGCCUCCAUUUUCGUUUGUGUUUUUCUGAAUGAACAUUUUUUGUUCGAAAAAUCGUGUCGACUCGAAAUGAAAGCAAAAAUUAUACGUUUUUUGAAUCUCAAUCUGUUAACUGUACGAAAAUAUCGCAAAACGUGGCAAUAAUGGAAUUUUCUUUUCCUGGAUCUGCACUCAAAAUGCUUAUAAAAGUAUUUAUUCCUUGGAUUCCGGUUUCACGACACAAUUCCGCCUUUUCCAAUCCAAUCAGUUACAGUUUUCAUCCCUUUAUUACACUUUUUGCAAAAAAUCUGAUUCCCGGUGAGAAAAUCGAGCAGCUUGGUCUGGAAAUCUCCCCUUUUCUCCUCCUCCUCAAUCAUAUUCCCCGCCCACACAAUUUCCCCUCCUCCUCCUGCUCUUUUCUUCAAUUCUUCAUUUCUUGCAUCCGACCAGGACCGUCGUCAGUUUCCGAGAUUUUGGUGUGUCCCGCAUUCUCCUCAGUGUAAAUCUCUCUGAAAAUCUCAAUCAUUCUCCGCCCACUCAUUUCCUUUCCGGACCGUCGUCAGUUUCAGAAGAUCCGCUCGAGCAUCGUCCGUCGGGUCGAUCCGCAGUCAUCCGAACAACGGAGUCGCCCACCGUCUCGACGAGCUCCUCUUCUCACUCGGAGGUGACGAAACCGCCGCCGCCGCCACGUGGCAACAACACAACUAAUACUACACCCAAAACCCCGAAAAACGCAGUUGGUAAGAGCGGAAAAAGUGAAUUUUACAAUGAAAAUUCCCUAUAUUUCAGCGAUUUUCUUUGAGAAAUUCGCAGCGCUGGGCAAAUUUUGGCCCCGUCUUUUUUGAAGACUUUUGACCCACCUGCAAUGAUCUGGUCGGGUCCAGACUUUGCAGACUUCUUGAACUUGGAUUGAAGUAUAUUGGGUCCGAGUUUCAGAACGGUCGAAUCAUCUGGUCCCGAGAUAAACUGGCUUUGAAAUCGGUAUAUCUCGGGACCAGAUGAUCCGAUAGGUCUGAAACUUCGACUCAAAAUACUUCAAUCCGAGUCCAAGAUGUCUGCAAAGUCUGGACCCGACUAGAUAAUUGCAAGUGGGUCAAAAGCCCAGGCCAAUUUGUAAGUACAAGGUAGACCUGGCCUUAUCGGGCGGGCGCCCGACAAUUUCGUCUGUUUCUCUCGGUUUUGCAACAAAGACGAGUGAAUUUGAUAAGAAAUUGGCCGAUUAUUCGUCGCAGUCUACCCAUUUUUCAUCUAAAUGUUGCCAAUUUUCUUGUCAGAAAUUGCGAUUCUUCCAUUGAUUUUCGCCAAAAACAUGUCCUUUGAAGUCGAGCCGUACUCUCGCUGUCAAACUGAUAAUUUUGAAACUACAGGGUGGUCCACCGUUACCCGUACAAAAGUUUUACGCGGCGCGCGAAGGUACUGACGCAAUUCUGGUGUGGCCCUAAUUCAACAUUUUGUAUAUUAUCAUGUUUUUAACUAUUCGGCCAAGUCUCAGACCAAACGGAUUUGUUUCAGCCAAAUAGCACCGAUUAGACUGCACCCCGCCCCCAUCAUACGCUUGUUCACUGGAGGGGUGAGCAGACAAACGAUCAUGAAACGGCUCGGUAUCCCAAGCAAAACCGUUUAUGAUACAAUCUAACUUUUCUCCAGUCUAAACCCACUCUAGAGCAAUACCAGAAACAAAAAAGGAAUCACCAUGAUCUCUCCUCAGACGGUCACAGCUACCAGAGAGCGGAUCAAGAGAAAUCCGUAUCCAAGCACGAGAAUGAUAGCACAUGAUAUGGAAAUGAGUCCGAUAUCAAUGUAAAUCAAUCUAAAAUGCAAGCUCAGUUUGAUACCGAAAUAUGUGAACAGAAGCCGUUAUCAUCUCAACUGCCAAAAAGUUGAAACGGAUUCAAAUGUCGAAACUCCAGUUGAGUGGCACGCGCGAUGGCGACCAUUUGAAGAUGGCCUUUUCAGACGAGUGACUGUUCCCGGCGAAGGCAGAUUUGAAUUCUCAAAAUGGUCAGAGGCUUGCUGGGACGUCACUGGACGCGUAUGAAAACGGCAGGGCCAUAAUCUGGACCGUGCCAUGAUUUCUUGUCCCAUCAGCUGAACAUGCCAAUCUCAACGCGUUUUCAUCGAUCAUGAUGACAAAAUCAGAAAAGUACGUUAUGUUGAUGAGACGUCAACAAAGAAACGUUUUCUUCGGUCUCACAAACACUUCGGAGAACAACAUUGGGUGUUCUAGGAGGAUAAUACGCCUGCUCACACUGCCAAAAUCAUUCAGCAGUGGUUCCAGGCCAAUUUGGCAGCGUUCAUCAAGAAGGAAAAAUGGUCCGAUUUCUCGCCGGACCAUUUUUUGUUGGACUAUUCGUUGUUGGGGUCUUACAGGCCAAUAUAAAGGCUAAACCCCAGACAAGUAGGGGAGUGAUAAAAAAAUUCCUUGCCAGGUAGGGGCUCAAUCUGUCCACGGACUUCCCGCGUGCCGCGGCAAACUGUUACUUCGGAAGUCUUCGGGCUGUCAUUGUUAGGAAAGGAGGUCGGGUGCAACACUAUUAGCUUAUAAAUAUUGUCAAACAUCUUAGUAAACGUUUUGUUAAGUCUCAUGCCUUUCUGACUUCUAGUUUUGGAAUUACCCAACUUUUAUUUUGUACGGGUAACGGUGGACCACCCUGUAGUUAUCAGUUUUGACCGCCUCUGGCUCCGCCCACUUUUUAUGAUCCCUUACGGAGAGCAGAGCCUCGUCGUUGAUUGUUUUCUGAGCUGAAAUUGAGUGUUAUUCAAAUUCUAUAGCUGAAAGAGUACGAAAAAAUGGCCGGUGGUCACCUUAGACUCAUGAGAAGUACGUUUUUAGCAUAGAACAACAAAAAAAAUGCAUUUUUUAGCGAUUUUUUCCACACAUUUCUUUGUAAAUUUCAGACAAGAGUGUGGAGCAAUCAUCGGUUCUGCACAAAGAGCACAAUCACCUGCCCACUCCGCCCCGCUCGUUUUUCUCCUCAUCCUCGUUGGCCGUCCAUCCGAACACCACCGAAGCGGUCGCGAACAGCUCGUCCGAAGAGGAACUCAGAAUGCCGAACAUUAAGGUUGGAAAGCGAGGGGUUUCGGAACGGUUUUGUGUGAAAUGCAGAGAAUUUACGCGCGAAACAACAGACAAAACGCGAAACUUUUCUGCCUUUUCUUUUUCUGGAGGCAAUUUCGAAAAUGAACGACUUUUUGUUUUCCUCUGGGAACCGAAAAGUCCUUGCCUUUUUUGCCCUCCAAAAAAAGGGAAAUGGAGAAAAAUGAGAAAAAGAGGGAACGGGCGGCCACCCGAAAACGGAAUGAAGCUAUCUCUUUCUCUCGUUCUCUCUCCUGCUCUCUUUUUGUCUUUUCCUCCCAUUCGAAGCCCAUUCCGCCUCGCCUGUUUUUGGGUCGCUCCGACCGAUUUCGCCGUUUUUCCUCGUUGGCUCGCACAAAAAUUCGACACACCUGGAUCGAGUGAAGAAUGGGCCAAAUUACGGUGAGAAAUGUGUUUGCGAUUUUUUGGAUGCGAAGCUUUACACAAAACUGGCAAUUUGAAAGCGUAUUUCGCAAUUUUCGAUUGGAAUUCUCUGAGCGCUCUAAUUUUGGAGUGAAUUCAUUGAAAAUUGAUCUUCAGUAGCCACACCCCUUUUUCCAUUCAUUGGAUUCUUUUCAGGUUUUCUCCGGCUCAUCGCACCCGGAUCUGACGACGCGGAUCUGCGAACGCCUGCAACUGGAGGUGUCGAAGGCGUCGCUGAAGAAGUUCAGCAACAAGGAGACGAACGUGGAGAUUGGCGAGUCGGUGCGCGGCGAGGACGUCUACAUCAUCCAGUCGGCCGCCGGCGAGAUCAACGACAACUUGAUGGAGCUGCUGAUCAUGAUCAACGCGUGCAAGAUCGCCUCGUCGUGUCGCGUCGCCGCCGUUAUUCCGGCGUUUCCGUACGCGCGGCAGGACAAGAAGGACAAGUCGCGCGCGCCGAUCUCCGCGAAACUCGUCGCCAACAUGCUCUCCGUCGCCGGCGCCGAUCACAUCAUCACGAUGGACCUCCACGCGUCGCAGAUUCAGGGCUUCUUCGACAUUCCCGUCGACAAUCUCUACGCGGAGCCCGCCAUUCUCAAGUACAUUAAGGAGUCGAUUCCCAACUGGCAAUCGUCGGUUAUUGUGUCGCCCGACGCUGGCGGUGCCAAGAGGUUCGCAUAUUUUGGAGUUUUCUGCGGUUGUAGUCUUGGAAUCUCCCAAAUUUCCAUUAGAAUUGAUUGCAAAACACGUAAAAUGUGUUUUGCAAUCAAUUCGGCCGCGGCAGCAACCUCUUUCAAUUCGGCACUGAAUUCACGUGGAGAGCGGUAGAGCGUGAUUGCCAGACAUCUGCGGCUGGAAUAUAUAUAAAUAUAUAUGUUUUUGUGCAGAGUGACGUCGAUCGCCGACCGUCUCAACGUCGACUUUGCGCUGAUCCACAAGGAGCGCAAGCGGGCGAACGAGGUCGAGAAAAUGACGUUGGUCGGAUCGGUGGAGGGAAAAGUGGCGAUUCUCGUGGACGACAUGGCCGACACGUGCGGAACCAUUUGCAUGGCCGCCGACAAGUAAGAACGCGGGGGGUUACGGAAAGAGCGCAACGAAAGAAUUGUAGACUGGUCGAGGCGGGCGCGGAGAAAGUGUACGCGUUCUGCGUGCACGGCAUCUUCUCGGGACCGGCGCUCACUCGUCUCAACGCCUCGAAAUUCGAGGCGGUCGUCGUGACGAACACGAUUCCGCAGGACGAGAACAUGAAGAAGUGCCCCAAGAUUCAGGUACUGGCAAAUUUUGAGUUUUUAAAGCGAUUCUCCACGAAUGUGUCUCAAUUUUCAGUGUAUCGACAUCUCGAUGAUUCUGGCGGAGGCGAUUCGUCGUACGCACAACGGAGAGUCCGUCUCGUACCUGUUCUCGCACGUGCCCAUCUGCUAG